AUGAAAGUUAAAUUAAUUUUAGGAGAAUACGCAUAUCUUUAUCAUGGAAAUUUGGAAUUAUAAGCGAUCUUCAAUUUCAUUAAAAAUAUUACUUAAUAUUAAUUCAUUUUAAAAUGGAAAGAUUAGGAUGAAGAAAUGAUAAGAAUAAUUAGACCAUAAGAUCUAAAAUAUUGUGUUGAUAUUGCUAGUAAAUAAAAAUAAACACUUCGUCUUUAUAUCUAAGAAUGUCUACCUAAUUUUUAGUUUAAUAUUCAAAAAUAAGAUCAAUAAUCAUAAAUCCAGCAAUCUAUGUUAUAAUCUAAUAUUUAAUAAGGAUAAUUCAGUAAUUAAAUUGAAUAAGGGUAUCCUCAAAUAAAGAAAGAAAUGACAUUUAAUGGAAGAUUUAGUAAUGAAAAUGACAGUAAAUAAAUAAUAUUUGAUUCAAAAUAGACAUAAAAAUAGUUUUAAUAAAUUGCAUUAAAAUUUAUGCAAGAAGUAUAUCCAGGUUUAUAAUUUGAUUAGGAUGAUAACAAUGAAAAAGAUUAAAUAGAAUAUAUGUAAAAUACUUCAUUAUAGUUUGGUUAAAUUGAUUAAAUAAAUCCAAGAAAAAUUUAAUCUAGAUAAAAUACAGAAAAGAUGACACCUUAAUGGAAGGAAAAAUAAUAAGAUGAAAACUACAUUCCAGAUAAUCUAUAAAAUGAAAAUAAAUAAGGUUUAAAUUUAAAGAUAGAUGAUAAUUCAAAUUCAGAUACAAUACUCUCAUAACGAUAAAAUGAUAAUUUUGAAGAUACCUAUUUUUGUGAUUAUUGUUCCGAAUAAAUAGAAAUUAAAAAUAUAUACAAAUGUUUGAAUCUUGAUUGUUCAGAGCUUCAUUUUUGUAAAUAAUGUCUUGAGAAUUUUGGUAAAGAUAAAUUACAUGAUCAUGAUUUAGUAGAAUUAAUAAAAAUUAUUUGA